AUGGCUUUCAACCUGCCAAAUGCACUGGCUGCAGGAGCAGCAGGGAACAGCUCUGCUCCAGUGAACCUGACCCAGCUGCCGAAUAACAUCCUCGAUGCCCUCUUGCCGGGUUACUCAGUCAUCUCGGGGUUCAUCUUUCAAAUCACUGGCUUUGACGUCUCCGUUGGUGUUUCCCUGAGUGUGUUGAUAUUCACCCUCACCACGGCAUGGGUGUAUUGCUACAAAUAUUCCUACUCCCUGCUCAUGACGUAUAUGACCGCUUCCAUCACUGUGCCUUCACACGACGAUAUCUAUGAUCAAGUCAUAGCCUGGGUAUCCGAGCUAGCCAUCGCCACCAGCAGUCGAUCGAUGCGUGCCAAAAGCAAACGCCACAUGAGUUGGGAUUCCGAAGAAGAUGUUCGUACUGACGUAUCCGGAAAAGACUCUCAAGACACGCUUUUGAACUUCAGCAACUGGGAAGCAAAAAUUCCUCCGAGAUUCGAGCCUCACUAUGAGUUCUCCUGGUUCCGCCAUAAGGGAAACUUUUUCAAGCUUUCCAGAGAAAAGGAACAGGUUUUGAGCGGACGCAUGGGCUUCAAUAUGGUUAGCAGUGAUGAGUCCCUGACCAUCACCGUGCUUGGAAGAUCGUUGCAGCCUAUUAAAGAUUUGAUCCGGGAGGCGAGGGAUGCAUCGUUUGCCCGUGAGAGAAGCAAGACCACCAUCCGUCGACCUGGUCCCAAAGAAUUCCGUUCACGAGGAAUAUACGCCUGGAGCAGAGCUGCCACUCGCCCUUCUCGACCAAUUGAAACUGUCGUUCUCGAUAAUGCUCAGAAAACAAAGUUGUUGCUUGACAUAAACGAAUAUCUUCAUCCCGCUACCCCGAGAUGGUAUGCAAACCGCGGAAUACCUUAUCGUCGCGGCUACCUCUUUCACGGGCCACCAGGCACUGGAAAGACUUCGCUGAGCUUCGCUAUAGCCGGUGUAUUUGGGCUGGACAUAUACUGCAUCUCCCUUCUGGAGCCAAGCUUGACAGAGGAAGAUCUGAGCCUACUCUUCAACUCCUUGCCCAGACGUUGUGUGGUUCUCUUGGAGGAUAUCGAUACUGCGGGCCUGUCACGUACUGCAGCUAACGAGGGCUCUUCGCCAGACACGACUGAAGCAGCUAAUGGAGCCACUGAAAAUGUCAUUUCCAACUUAAACAAGGCAGUUCAGCAACCCUCUAACCGCACGAAAAAGCCAAAAAAUUCGAACAACGAUGAGGAGUCCAAGGGUAUUUCUCUCUCUGGUCUCUUGAACGCGAUCGAUGGAGUGGCAUCUCACGAGGGACGCGUUCUCGUCAUGACAACCAACCAUCCAGAUAAACUGGACGACGCCCUCAUCCGCCCUGGUAGAGUCGACAUGAUGGUGGAAUUCACUCUGGCUAAUAGAGAGCAGAUCAAAGAAAUCUUUAUCAGAAUGUAUUCCCCUGACCAACCCGGCAACAUCAAGGCAAAGUCCGCCUCAACAUCCCAGAUCGAGAGAUCUCUUUCUAUCCUCAACACCAAGUUGUUCAACACUACCAAGAUCGAGAAACCUGUCAUUAACCACGAUCAGCCUGUAUCCGAGGAAAAAAUGGGGGCAGAACCGUGUACAAAUGCCAAUGGAGUCAUCAGUGCCAACCAGCAGGUUACCAUCGACUAUAUCGACGACCUGGCAGUCUCAUUCUCGGCUCUUCUUCCCGAAUACGUCUUCUCUCCUGCCGAGAUUCAAGGCUUCCUCCUCACUCGCAAACGAGAGCCUCACCUUGCUGUUGAAGAGGCUAGUGCCUGGUGUGAGAAUCUCAUGGUUGCCAGAAGCCGCCGCCAUCCACCACCAGCACUCUCUACUUCUAGCACCGCUGUUAGUAAGCAAUCUGAUAAAAGCGUCAUGGAAUCUGAUAAUGAGGCGAAUGUUGCAUCUGCUGAUGAGCAGAUUGAGAGUGAGCCAGAGAGCGAAGGCGUUGCCUCUACUUGA